ACGCGCUCCGCCGCGCACCCGCGCCGCGCGUCAAAAUAAACACUCGAAUAUCCGUUAGAAAAAUAGUAAAAACAACGCAGAAUUGUAACGUUUGUGCAUAUUAUAUCGUUUUUGUUGUGCGUGUUGUGUUGUGGAAGGUGUUGUGUUAAGGUAUCGUGUUGUGUGUUGUAGUUUUGUGGUGUUUUGGUGCGUUGAAGUGUUUUUUUGGGUAACUGCAGCGAGUCUAUCGGAUGUUAUUUGAUAUAUCAGGACUUCGAAAAUGUGACUGAAAAAUAACCUAAAGUAUUGAAAAAUAAAACCAUAACCAGUGAAAAACCAAAAUGAAAUGAAAGUGCAAACGAUGGCGGGAACACGGACCCUGAGCGAACCCCCCCGCUCCACCGCUUACUACUACGCCGACCUAGAACGCUUGAAACGAAAAGAACCAAUCACAGAGCAGGAAAAUCACGUGACCGCGCCCGUAUUGGACGAGCGGCGAACAACCAAUGACGUGAUAGCCGACGCACCAAUCAGAGAGGUUCCUCCACUACGCGACCGCCAAUGGAGUCUGCCGGAGUACCACACGCCAGAGAACUCUAGAAAAGAGGAGACUUACUCCACAGCUGGUACAUUCCCGAUGCCAGAGCCAAGGGAAAAAGAACCUUUGUUGGCGGAGUUAGAGGUUGUCGGGCGUCUCCCUCUGACGCAGCUGGAGAGCAGUACAGGAGUGAGACGGAGUAGGAGUUGGUAUCUUUGUUGUCCGAACGUUCCUGAUGAGGAGAUUUCGAGGGAGUCUUCGUGGAGGUACUCGAGCUUGCGGCCGGUGACCGCGCCGCCGCUGCCCGGGCAGAAUGGACUGCAUACUGUGGUGGCCACCCAGAGCAGCGGGCGCGACGACCUAGCCAGCCUGCGGUCGGAGCGCGACGCCCUGGCGCGUGCGCUGGCUGCGGAGCGCGGCCGCGCGGCGGCGGCGGCGCGGGCGCACGACGCGCGGCUGGCCGAGCUGCACGGGGUCAUCGCGGAGCUGGUGCGGAGGAGGGCGCAGGACAAACAUGCGCAGGCCAUACCGGAGGAGGAGCUAUCCGUUGUUUCAGACGAGUGUGAGUCGACGACGCAGCCGGCUGGCGAGCUGGACAACGACGCUGACAGGUCCAGGACUGAACAGAACGACACCUCGUCGGCCCUGAGCCCGGACCUGCCCACCCCGCAAGACAAGGAGCCUCACGAUCUGCCUGAAGACACCACCGACACCAGCACACAGGAGCCUGACAGGAGUGAGCAGCCGCGCGUGCAUGUGACCACGCCGACACACGAGUCAGUGUGUGACCACAGCCUGCACCUCUCCGACUCCGAGCUCUGUCUAUCAACUGCCAGAUGUUGCCAGUACGCCAGGCAUGCGCACAGUGGCGGUGGUGAGGGCAGUGGCGGCGCAGGCGGCGGGAGCGGGGCCGGCAGCGGCGGCGGCGCGGGCAGCUGCGACAGGGAGCACGGCUCCAAUGAGGGGUCAAGGGUGCUUGCGCCUAGCCCGGGUCGGUGCGAGUCCCGUCAAGCUAAGCUAGCCUCCCGCGUGCGACUAAGAAAGACUGAGGACACCGACUCCAGCCAGCAGCUCAGCAACGAUGAGGGUUGGAUGUCGGCGGCGGCGGAGCGCCUGGCGUUGGACGUGUGCGCGCAGGCCGGGCUGCGCGAGGCGCUCGUGCAAGCCACCAACGAUGGCUCGGCGCUGUCGGCGGCGGCGGCGCUGUGGCGCGCGCGCUGUGCGCGGCUGCAGGCCGACGCGCGCGUGCUGCACCACGCGCUGGCCCGCGCCACCGACACCGCGCACAGGUUGUCGUGCGCGUGCGCAGUGCAGGAGUCGUCGUGCGUGGCGCUGUGCUGCGCGCUGCGGGCCGCCGACCGCGCGCUCGAGGUGUACGACGUGCUGCUGGCGCUGGCCGAGACCACGCCCGGGGACAGCGAGGAGCGCUUGGCAGCGGAGCGCGUGGCGAGGCAGCUGUUGUCGCGGCUGGAGGCGGAGGCGCCGGCGCUCGGGGAGCCCCUGCUGAGUCCUGGACCUUGGUUGCAGCACACGCAGGCUGCGGGUGGCGGCGGCUGGUCGCGCGGCUGCGAGGCGCGGCUGCGGGCGCGGGCCGCCGCGCUCAAGGCCGACACCGUGGCCCUCAGGAACCUGGCCCCGCCGCCGGGGCUCUUCUCCUACCACGAUAUACCGGAGGAGGAUCUACCCAAGUCAGUGGGAGCCGUCAGUAUGGCCGACAUGGAAGCUGCUGUCGUCAUGCAGGAAUUGCUGUCGGCGCGGGAGGCGCGCGCGGCGGCGCGGGCCGCGGCCGCGGCGGCGGGGGAGGCGCCCGGCGCCGACAGCGACACCGACCUCGAGGUGGCGGUGGACACGAGCACCCGUCGCCGCCGCCCCCGCCACUGGCUGGACACGCCCGCCUCCGAGACCGACCUGUGAACAUAUCCACUACCACACAACACAACACAUACAUCUCGUCAAAAAAAAAAGAAUACAAAACUCUACCGAAUUUUUCUUCAACAAAACACGAGUUUAAUUUUAUAAUUGGAAACAUUAAUGUAAUGAAU